AUGGAUAGAGACAAUACCAUAGAUUCUAGUACAUAUAACACGGAACUCAAUCGUCCUACUACAGCCCCACCACAUCAAUCAACCACAGUUAUUAAAUACAUGGCACCACGUACUUUAGCUCUUAAUCUUUCGAAUAAUUUUCAGGGAUCAUUACGUAGUUUUGCUCUUCCAAAUGUUGACGCAAGUCUAGCGGCACCAACACUAACAACAGCUUAUGGCCUUGUUUCACUCAUUCAAACCCCACCAUCAUCAACUUUAUCACCAAUACAUAAUAUCGAUGGAGAACAUAUUAUUCAUGAACAUCGUGAAUUAUCCAAAGUAAAUGACAGAUUAACAGAUACUGUUUUACUUUAUUGUUAUUAUGAUGCACAUAAUCGUGCACAAGAAUUACAAAUUGAACUACUUCAAACAAAUGCAAAUAAAAAUUCUUUAGUUAUAGAAAAAAUGUUUCAAUCAGAAGUUGAAACAGGUCAUCAAUUAAUAAAUAAUGCAUCACGUUAUAAAUCAGAUUUAAAAAAAAAAUUAAAUGAUAUUCAUCAAGUAACUAUAGCUAAUGAUGAACAUUAUCAACAAUUAUUAUCAAAACGUAAUACAACAAAUAAAGAAGUAUUUGAAUAUCAACGUAAAUUAGCACAAAAUCGAGCUGAAUCAGAAUUUCUUCGUUGUCGUAUACAACAUUUUAAUGAUGAAAUAAAUUUUUAUACAUUAAAAAAUAAUAUUUUACAAUCACGACAAGUUAAAUUACGUUAUGAAUUAGAUGAAGAAAUAUUUGCUAAACAAGUUUUACAAAUGGAGUUAGAAGUAUUACAAAAUGAGAAAAUAACAAAUGAAGAUAUAUAUUUGACAGCAAUAAAUGAUAUUCGACAAUCAAUUAAUUUUAAUCAAAUAGCAGCAAUUGAACCAUCAAAUAAUUAUCGUGAACAAUUAGGUUAUGAAUUACGUCGUAUGAAAUCCGAAUAUGAAAAAAAACUUCAAACAUAUAGAGAUGAAUUACAUCGAAAACUAGAACUUGAAUAUCAUCGUUAUCGAAUGCAUAAAUCACUACCAAUGCCAAGUCCAUUGAAAGAACAUGAAACAAAUUUAGAACAAUUUAAACGUGAAAAAAGAGAUAUUGAACAACAAGUUCGUAUUGUACGUGAAAAUAUUUAUCAUUUACAAAGUCAAAUAGAAACAAUAGAAAAAAAAAUUAUUGAGGAACGAAUAGAUACAGAAUCUAUGUCAAAAUCGCAAAGACAUUUAAGAAUGCUUCAACAAAUUAUUCGUGAAAGAGAAAAACAAUUAGAUGAAGCUAUAGAAAUUCGAACAACAUUGAAGAAAAAAAUUGAAAACUGUCAAGAAGAAAGUAAUCGAUAUCCAAAACGACUAAUAAAUAAUGCUUAUGAAACAGAACAACCAACAAUAUCAGCAAGACAAAAUAUACAAAAUACAAAUAAACAACAAAUACAUUCAUCAUCAACUAUUAUUCAAGCAAUUCCUCCUUCAUUACGAUCAAGAACUAAUCAAACUGAACAAAUAUCAUUAGAAGAAGGAACAUUAAUGCGAUAUAAUGAUUUUAAUGUUGAACAAGAUUGUAAAGAAUUAAAUAAAAGCUUACAGAAACCGAAUAUAGAUGAAAUAGCUGUUAUAAGAAUACUUUGUAAUCGAAGUGUUGCUCAACGUCUUCAAAUUCGUGAAAUAUAUAAGAAGCUUUUUGGUCAAAAUCUAAAUGAUGUUAUUGAAACUGAAAUAAAUGGAAAUUCAAAAAGAAUCUUAAAAAUACUUUUAUUAUCACCAAUUGAAUAUGAUUGUUUUGAAUUACGACGAAUAUUAACUGGAACAAAAAUUGAUGAAACUACUCUUAUUGAAAUAUUUCUUACUCGUUGUAAUGAACAAAUUAAAACAAUAAUUGAUACUUAUUCAAAGAUAUUUAAAAGUACACUUGAACAUGAUAUAAUCGGUAAUGAAGAAACAGCUUCAAAACAAAUUAUUCUUGCAUUACUUCAAGCUAAUCGUCCAGAAGAUGAUAAUAUUGAUGAUGAUGAAGUACUAGAAGAUGCUCAAAAUUUAUAUGAAACAAAUGCAAAAUGGCGAAGAGAUGGUUCAACAUUUAUUCGACUUUUAUGUAAUCGAAGUAAUGCAAAUUUAAAACAAAUCUUUGAUGCUUAUCAACAAUUUAGUAAAAUGGAUAUUGAACAAGCAAUUCAAAUUGAUAAAAAUCCUGAACUUAGUCGUACAUUGAUGGCUAUUGUUCGAAUUGUAAGAAAUCGACCACGCUUUUUUGCAUUCGAAUUAAAAAAAAGUCUAAAAAGUUCUGGAUGUAAUGAACAGAAUUUAACGCGUAUAAUUGUUUCACGAUGUGAAAUUGAUAUGGUACAAAUAAAAUUGGAAUUUGAAAAAAUAUCUAAACGUACACUUUUUGAUCAAAUACAUACAGAUACAAAUGGAUAUUAUAAACGAGCACUUUUAGAGUUAUUACGUCAACGUAUUGAACCAAUCAAUAAUAAUUCAGUAUUUAAACAGUUACUUGAAUCAACAAUAGCACAAAAAAAACCCCGACCAAUUGUGCAAUGGAAACAGCCAAUUAGUAAAAACACAUUUAGAAGAAGUGUGAGUAACCGAGAUAUUUAUAAUUCGAGUCAAUUCGAUCGAAAUAAUCAAGCAAAAAGUAAUACACUCUUAACAUUUAACACCGAACCAUUAGACUUACAAUAUACUGGACUACUUCCAGUUAGUAAACGUUCAUAUUCAAACUCAAAUGAAGAUGAAUAA